AUGAUCAGCCAAUCGGUCCCCAACAACUACACCUUCUCGCCAUCGGAUGCGACACCUCAUUUGACUAUUAAUCAUGAUGUCGCGGCCGAUCUCGACUCUUCCAAUGCCUUCGAAGGCCCUGAGAAGCUCCUCGAGGUGUGGUUCGCCCCAAGCGCUACGGCGCUCCCGCCUGGCGCUCGUCCCGACGGUCUGAAGACUGUUCACGCCGAUACUUGGGUCACAAUGUUGGACAUGGUCAAUUGCAAGAUCCUUUCUGUUCUCAAGUCUGACCCUGUGGAUGCCUACCUUCUCUCCGAGUCCAGCUUCUUCGUCUUCCCCCACAAGCUGAUUCUCAAGACCUGUGGCACAACCACUUUGCUCCUGGGUCUCCGUCGCAUGCUUCACAUUGCCGCCACUGAGGCUGGGUUCCCAUUCCACAAUGCGUCCUCGGUCACCGAUAUUCAUGCUGCUGCCACCCCUUACCGGGUCUUUUACAGCCGCAAGAACUUUCUGUUCCCGGACAAGCAGCGUGGCCCCCACCGCAGCUGGAAGCAAGAGGUCAAGUUCCUCGAUGACACGUUCGAUGGAGGCAGCGCCUACAUGGUGGGAAAGAUGAAUGGCGAUCAUUGGUAUCUCUACAUCACCUCCCCCAACCAAGCCCUGACUCCCCCUCGGACCCCUGAAUCCGAGGCCUUGGAGCCUGUAGCUGGCCGCCAUGUCAAGAUCCCCGCCGGCACGGCUUUGGUCGGAGCUGGAAUGUAUGAUGAGCACAGCGACGAGACGCUCGAGAUCCUCAUGACGGACCUCGAUCCCGAGAAUGCCAAGCAGUUUUAUCUUUCGCACGCGAGUGCGGUCGCGAGCGAUAAGUUGGCUGCCGAGGCGAAGCAGGCUCGGGAUAAGGCAGUUGGCAGCCUUGGCACUCUUGACGAAUUGGACGUUUUUGGAAAUGGGGAGGAAAUGGAACUCGAUGGCGAGCCUCAGAAGCUGGAUCCCAUCGAAGCUCUCACCACCGAGGGCCAUGCGCUAGGCACUGUUGUCUCGGAGAACUGCGGCCUCUCCGACGUCUACCCAACCAGCACCUACCCUGAUGCUCGCGUUGAUGCCUACCUCUUUGGCCCCUGCGGCUUCUCCGCCAAUGGUGUGAUCCCGGCAGCCCAUCCUUCUGAGGGCGGAAAGGAUGAGAAGGAUGCCGGUCACUACUUCACAGUGCACGUCACGCCUGAGCCGGAGUGCUCUUUUGCCUCGUUCGAGACCAAUGUGCCCGCCGGAGCCUCUGGCCGCUCCACGGCGGAGAUCAUUGAGAAUGUUGUCAACAUCUUCAAGCCUGGCCGGUUCAGCGUGACCCUGUUUGAAGGCAAGGGCAAGAGCGCCAACCCAUAUGGCAUGGGCGAUGGCAAUGGUCCACUCAAGCAGAAGCUUGUGGAUCCUGUCCGCGGAUACCGCCGCGUUGACCGAAUCGUCCAUGACUUUGAGGAGUAUGAUUUGGUCUUCCGCUUCUAUGAGCGCGACGGGUGGACCGGAACGAAGGGAGCCCGUGUCGGCGAGGACGAGUAA